CAUUACGGUAUUGCAGCCUUAUGGGAUUGGUGAGAGCUGCAUGUGUGGUUCUCUUCAGAAGCAUUGCUCUUAAAACCAUGGCUCAGCACAAGUUCAUUGAUAUCGGGGUGAACCUGACCGAUCCCAUGUUCAGAGGACUCUACAGAGGGAAGCAGAAACACGACGAUGACUUCAAUCAGAUCAUCGACAGAGCGCUCAAAAUCGGGGUUGAAAAGUUUAUGAUCACAGGAGGAAAUCUUGAAGACAGCAAGGAGGCCCUUAAACUAGCUGAGAGCAGAGAGGAGUUCUUCUGCACGGUCGGCUGCCAUCCCACCCGCUGCAGUGAGUUCGAGCAGAAUGGAGAAUCCCAGUACUUCUCAGGGCUGAGGGAGCUGGCGACGGCACACAGAGGAAAGGUGGUGGCCAUCGGAGAGUGUGGACUAGAUUUUGACAGGUUGGAAUUUUGCCCAAAAGAAACUCAACUCAAAUACUUUGAGAAGCAGUUCGACCUGGCAGAGGAGACCAAGCUGCCCAUGUUCCUCCACUGCAGAAACUCCCAUCAGGAGUUCAUCGAAAUCAUGAAGAGAAACCGAGACCGAUGUGUUGGAGGAGUGGUCCACUCGUUUGAUGGGACUGCAGAGGACGCAGCUGCACUCAUUGACCUGGACCUCUACAUUGGAAUAAAUGGAUGUUCCUUGAAAACAGAGGCCAAUAUUGAAGCUAUGAAGUCAAUCCCCACCGAGAGACUCAUGAUAGAAACCGAUGCUCCGUGGUGUGGCGUGAAGAACACUCACGCAGGCUCCAAAAACAUUAAAACUACAUUUCCCACAAAGAAGAAAUGGGAGGCGGGGCACUGUCUGAAGGACAGGAAUGAGCCCUGUCACAUCAUACAAGUUCUGGAGGUGAUGGCCGCAGCGAGGGAGGAGGACCCGCUGGAGCUGGCCAACACAAUCUACAACAACACCAUCAAAGUCUUCUUCAGCUCCAGCUGAUGAUGAACCAGACUGGACCUUCAUGAGAUCGACUGAAUGACUUCAUGAAUGUGUGUGUAUCUGUAUGUGUAUGUUUGACCUGUCUGCUUCCCAAAUAAAAACAUCAUUUUUAUGGGUUUAUCUUUAA